AGUUUAAAAUUUACUUGUAAAUAUUUUGGGAAUCAUAAUUAAUUCGGAUACACACGUAAUCGAAUGUAAGACGACUCAAAGAGAUAUGAUAAUCUAGUUCAGGAUUAAAAAGCCAAAGUAUCAAACCAUGACCAAGACGAUGCAAUGAUAAGGUGAAGAAAAACCACCGACAAAAUCACAAGACGAUCAAGGGAUGUAUUUCAUUUUGGAUUUAACACUAGGAUGAUCACAAAAUAUGCCAUACUAUGUGCGUAUGGCCUAAGUAUCAUCAUUCAGUUCGCUGCCUGUGGGUAUGUUAGCGGUUAUCACGACGGGUAUAGGGGGUUCUCCCGUCGACGCAAUAAUGGCCUACCGGUAUGCGGGCUGAGCGACUGCAAAUAUGGAACGUGGGGAGCUUGGACACCGUGCAGAAAUGGCAACGAAUAUCGCUUCAGAGAAAGCAUUUUAAGAAGAAACUGUAUUGGGAAGUGCCUUGGAGCUACUAUCGCAUCCCGAAGUUGCAAUGGGGCACAACAAAUUCAAGUACCCAGAGUGUCCAAAUAUUCAGUGACUGACUUCUGCAAAGGGAAAAAUAGUGGUCACUAUGCGGAUCCCUUGGACUGUGCAUACUUUAUAACAUGUAUCUUUAAAAAGAGCGUACGACGGAAAUGCGCAACUGGAACUGUGUGGAACCAGAAAAUACAGGGGUGUGACUACAAGAGCCAAGUACAAUGCAACUUAAAACAGCCAAGUAAUGUUAAACCUGUUGGUGUUCAUCUUGUGAGGACAGUUCAGACAACAUUUCGUGACAGACAGCACAAGACGACACUUCCAGUUACUUAUAAACCGCAUGUGCCAAAGGAGUCUUCAAAGACAUGCUUUACAAAAUUCCAACAGAUUCCUCAAAACGCUACAGUGAGAGAGGGAGAGACUGUUAUGUUGGGGUGUUCCUCUAAGGGUUCCACAAUUUCAUGGACGAAAAAUGGAGGUACCAUCCCAAAAUCCAUCACGAUGACCCCUGAAGGUCACCUAAAGCUUUCACAGGUGGAACUAUCAGAUGCUGGGUCAUAUACUUGUAUCGCAAAGUACGAUGGCUGUAGAGCUGAGAGAAGGGUCUGGUUGAGAGUUCGCAAACGCUUUAAUAAUGAUCCACCUAGGAAGGUCUAUCAUGGAUCACUCAAAGAAGUUUGUGGGAGACCAGUUGUUAACACUCCAAGUAUGGGUAAACCGGAAGUUAGAAGGGGUCUGAUUGUUGGAGGUAAUGAUGCUGAAAAGGGGUCUUCUCCAUGGCAAGUCAUGCUUUGGGAGGCAACUGCAGGCCCCUUCUGCGGAGGAGCUUUAGUUUCCAAACAAUGGUUAGUUACUGCUGCCCAUUGUUUCAGGGAGUUCCCUGAACAGUAUAAAAAAGAAUUGACAAAGGAUAAUCUUGUGAUAAAGCUGGGUAAAUGGGACAGAGAGGAUGACGAGGCCUAUGAGGUGACACUGACUGCAGAAGAGUUUGUUAUACACCCUGAUUUUGACCAUGAUCUCUAUGAUAAUGACAUUGCCCUGAUCAAACUGUCCCAACCUAUAGAGUAUUCAAAUUACAUCCUGCCUAUUUGUAUAUCAGACACUGAGUUUGCGAGUGAUAAUUUGUUCAAAGCUCAAACAUUUGGGACGGUGACUGGAUGGGGUGCUCUGGCCGGAUACAACGCUCCAAGACCACGGUUCCUCAACGAGAUAAGAUUACCGAUUGUAAACCAGAAAACAUGCAAGUCUUCAACAGGGUUCAAAGUGACAGAAAAUAUGUUCUGUGCUGGAUACAAACGGGAAAUUGUUGGAGACGCCUGCGAGGGGGAUAGUGGGGGACCGUUCAUUAUGAAACACGAGGACCGUUGGUAUCUAGCAGGACUGGUCAGUUGGGGAGAGGGAUGCGCACUGGAGGGAAAGUACGGAUUUUACACUCGUGUCAGCCAGUAUUACAACUGGAUUACUAGCACAUUGCAGUCUUAGAAAUCAUGUAGAAAUGUUCAUAUUUAUUGUUUUCUAAUUAUUUAAUGAGAUACCUUCUGUUUUUGCUCAAAACUUAUCAGAACAUUUUACUCCUAGUAAACACUUAUGUAAACAUAUUUUAAUUCCAAAAUGUACACAUAAGAUAAUAUAGAACAAAACUAAUGCAGUGACAUUGUUCAGUGAUGUCCAUAUUCAUAACAAGAUAUGUAAUUUGCUUCAUUUGUUUCAUCUCAAAUAACGAGGUGGUGACAAAUGACUGAAACUGUAAAACUAUGUACAUGUCUUAUAAACGUUUAAUGUAUCACUCAUCUUGGUAAAGUAGUGUUUAUUGUAUUAGUAUUUAAUGUCUGAUCUCGGCUCAUUGUCAAAAAUAUUCCACGGGCCCAUGUAGAUAACAAUACAAGGACGAUAACUCAUGGGGACGAUAAUUUCUUUCCACCAGGCGCAACAUUACAAGGAAGCUUCAUAAGUCCAUAUUGUUACAUUUAUAGUUUUUAGUACUGAAUAACCUUUGGAAAGUGUCAUGUUAACUUAGUUCUUUACUUCAUAUUCCAGAGUAGUGUCUAUUUAUUAGAAGAAUCAUAGAUA